UAAAAGGUAACGUGGUCGCAUCGGCAGCUAGUAGCCACGUACUAAACUGUAUUUAUUGUGUCUUCACACUUGUAUUUUGUCUCAGAAAGUUCAUCAUGUCGUCCCAUUUGCAGUGGAUGGUCAUCAGGAACUGCUCCAGCUUCCUCAUCAAGAGGAACGGACAGACCUACAGCACCGAGGCCAACAACCUGAAGUCCAAGAACUCGUUCCGCUUCAAUGGUUUGGUGCACAGGAAGACUGUUGGUGUGCAGCCUGCUGCCGAUGGCAAGGGAAUCGUCGUGGCGCUCAAGAAGCGUAAAGGCCAGCACAAACCCGCCAACUCUUACGAGAAGAUCACCAUCAACAAGAACUCUCGUGCCACCCUCAACAGCCUGAGGCACAUCAUUAGCAAGAACAAGUACAGAAAGGACCUGCGCAUGGCUGCCCUGCGUCGUGCCAGUGCAAUUCUGAAGAGCCAGAAGCCUGUUGUGGUCAAGAAGAAGCGCGCCAGGGCUGCCAAGACAGCAUAAGCGGAUACACGUGAUAAAUAAAUAAAAGCUUUUUCUUUGGAAAAAA